AUGCAGUCAACCCUUGUGUUGGCCCCGGUGGUUACCUUCAUGAAGACCCUACUCAUGGUUUUCAACUUUGUAUUCUGGAUUACUGGCAUCACCAUUCUUGCAAUUGGAAUAUGGACCAAAGUUCAAUUGUACAUCUAUAUGGAACUGUCCAGCCUUUAUUAUAAGGAGGUCCCUUAUGUGUUGAUUGGAGUUGGUGCUGUUAUUGUCCUUGUUGGCUCCCUUGGCUGCUGCUGUACUGUUAAGGGCAACUCAUUUUUGCUUUAUGUGUAUUCUGUAUUUUUAGUGGUUGUAUUUGUGAUUGAACUGAGUUCUGGCAUUACUGGCUUCAUCUUCAAAACCAAGCUGGAGAAUGGAUUUCAAGAUGGUCUGCACAGUGCCCUUAAACACUAUGGUGAUAAAGAGUAUGCAAUGACAAAUAAUGCAAUUGAUGGUUUGCAGAAAAACCUGGAUUGCUGUGGGAUCUCUAGUUACAAAGACUGGAUUAAUACACCCUGGGGUAAGGAACACUUUGGACUAGUGCCACCUAGCUGCUGUAAAGUAGAAGAAAAAUGUGACAACCAAAUUCCUGUGGAUAAUUCUACUGAUAUUUUUAAACAAGGUUGUUAUCGGAAGGUUGUGGAUUUCAUGGAUGGUAACCUUGGACUUAUUGGGGGUGUGGCAUUGGGAAUUUCCUUCUUCCAGCUUCUUGGAGCAAUUCUUGCCUGUUGUUUAGCAAAGAGUAUCAAUAAGGCCAAGUAUGAGCAAGUGGCUUGA